CCGGGAUUGUUUGGUGAUGUGGCUCUGAAAUCCAUCCGACGAUAAGGAAUAUUAAAUCCAGACUUUUCUACUUCAGCAGCAUCCGCACAGUGUCGUCUUGAUGCUCAGCCGUCUGGCUAAUGUCCUCCAGGAGCUCUCUGGGGAGGAGGACCCAGAUGGAGAACAGCAGGACGUGCUAGCGCCUCUUCCCCCUCCGGCUGAGGGCCAGGCUCCGAUGGAGUCUGAGGUACCAGAGGACGCCAUGGAGAGGCUGGCCCACCUGGAGCAACUGGUGGUCCAGCUGAAGGGGCUCGUCCGAGACAAAGACGCACAGCUCGUGCUGAAGGACGCGGAGCUGAGCAGCAAAGAUGCUCAACUCAAGAACGAGAAAGAAGAAGCCGAGGCCCGUUUCACUAAACUCAAACUCCAGGCCAAGGCGAAGAUGGCCUCACUUACCAAACAGAUAACUGAGCUGAAAGGACAAGCAGCUCAGAGCCCAGACAGUUCAUUCACAGAAGCUGGUGCUGCACUCGAGGAGGAGCUUCAAAACCUGAGGAAGAGGCUGAGUGAGGAGGAGGCUCAGAGCAGGCAGCUGAAGGAGCAACUCCAUGCUGCUGAGCAGCUGCUCCAGGAGAAGGAGUCGAACCAUGCUCAGCAGCUGCAGGUCCUGCAGACUGUGGUGUGUGAGAAAGACGUUCGUUUCCAAGAGCAGAUUCAGAAACACGAAGAGGAGCUGCUGAGGCUCACAAACCAGACGCAGAACCAGAUGCAGCAGACUCUGCAGGCGACUCAGCAAAGGUGCCACGAGCUGGAGGAGGCUUUAAACUCUCGGUCUCAGGAGCUGGAAAUGCUGCAGCAUGAAGUGAGCAGCGCUGAUCAGCAGAAACAGAUCUUGACGGCUCAGUUCCGGCAGAUGGAGCAGGAGCUCGCUGAGGCCGUCAGGCAGAGAGCGGAGGACCGGCAGCAGUGGGCUGAGCAGGCCAGCAAAGCAGAUGCAGACCUGGCAGAGCUGAGAGCCAGACUGGAGGGCCAUGAGAGUGAGCUGAAGUCUCUGAGAGAAGCUGGUCAUGAGGCUCUGGAGAAGGAAAAGAUGGAGGUUUCUAGACUGGAAGCAGAUCUGACUCUGUCGAAGGAGGCUGAGCUGGCAGCCAUCCAGGCUCACAGAGAAGCUUCGGAGAGACACGAGGCGGAAAAAGCUCGAUUGGAAGGCCAGCUCGCCUCACUGCAAGAGUCUGCGGCGGUCGGCGGGCGGCAGGACGCUUUAGAGAAGGAGAAGUCCGACGUUGAACAGCUUGAGAAGGAGCUGGUUGUCCUCAGGGAGGAGCGGGAGGCCAUGCAAAGUAAGAGUGAGAUCCUUGAUGAGAUUUGGAGACAUCUGCGCUGUCUUGCUCUGGACAGCGAGGCAGAAGAAACCCCGACCCCCGCUGACCCGUCUGUGCUGCUGGACGCCGUCCGGUCCGUGGAGACGCAGCUGACGAGGCUCAGAGAUGAAUGCAGUGAUAAAACCAAACAGUGUGCUCAGGUGAUCCAAACCAUGGAAACCAUUAAAGCACAACUGGACGAAAAAACCUCUGAGCAGGAGGAGGCGUCUGCCAGGAUACAGGAGCUGGAGCAACAGGUUGUAACUGUAACCAAAGAAAAAGAUGCUCCUGAACCAUCAGAGAAUUCAUCUGAAACUGAAAAAGAACACACACUGGCAUUAGAGCGGCAGCUUUUAGAGAAGGACCUUGAACUGGCGGCCUUACGAGAAUCCCUAACGGAGGCUUUGAAGCACAGCUCCGGUCAGGCUGCAUCCGAGGAAAACUGCACUCGGAGCUGCGAUCAGGAUCCAGCUGCUGAAACGGCUGAGGACUCUGCUGCCAUUCCCGGUUUAAUGGAAGACGCUCAAGAAGAGGAGACCACACUGGUUGCCGAAAACACCUCUGUCGUUUUCCUUUCUGCUGCUAACGAGAGCAGCCCAGAGCUGAUCGGACCCCAGUCCGAGUCCCCAGGAGAAUCUAAAGGCACAUCAUCGGACGAGAUGGUUGCCAGUAGUGAUUCAGAAGUUGCCCACAGCAGCUGGACUCUCCUGGAGGCUCUGAAUCAAGACGGAGGUCAGGAGUGGCCCUCUGGGAUUCAGGACUUUGGCCAGUCGUGGGUGGCAACAACUGAUGAGCAUGAGGCCUCCACAGUCCAAACUCAGUCCACCUCCGUCCUUAUCAAUGAGACUGUUCAGGUUCAUGAAGCUCAGCAGAGUUCCUCCUCCACUGAGGCCUCAGAGCCCUCAGGCCUCUUUGCUCAGGCCUUAGCUGAGGAGCUGCAGAAGAGGUAUGGUGAACUUCUGCUUGAGCUGGAGAAGCUCAGAGAAGCUGCAGCCAAAUCCCAGCAGAAAAUCCUGAUUCUCGAGGAGGAGACGCAGUCUCUUUAUGCUGCCAAGGAAGAAGCUCAGACUCAAGCCAGUAACUUUGCAAAGGAGCUGGAGGCGUUCAGGGAGCAGGCGGAAAAGCACACUCAGGAAAGAAACUCUGCAGAGGAGAAACACAGUACAGAAAUGCAGCGUUUAGAAGAACAGACAAAUAUUUUAAGGAGCGAAAGUGAAACCAGGGAUGAGAAGAUUCAAGUUUUACAGGCAGAUCUGGAGGCGACCCAUCAAGCUCUGGCUGAGCAGCAGGGUCAGACCAGGAUGCUCAGCGCUCAACUGGAGGACAGGGAGCUUCUCUCAUCUGAGCUAGAGAGGAGGCUUCAGGAGAUGGAAAACAGAGGGAUGGAAUUUUCCCAAACUGCUGAGUCUGUGCUGAGGAAAGACUUGGAGAUCCAGGAGUUACAGCAUCUCCUCAAUGAGAAGGAGAAGGAAGUGACAGAGCUUAGAGACAGCAUAUCUGCCAAACUCCUUCAAGCUGAAGAAGAGAAGAUCCAGGUCCAUGUGGAAGUCGGUAAACUGAUGGAGAGGAUUGUGGAACUUGAGAAGGUCAGAGAAGAGAACGCUUGUGAAAAUGAUGAGCUGCUUGGUUUAAGAAAGCAGAAAGAGGAGCUGGAAACCCAGCUGACUAACAUGAAGAAGAAGUUGCAGGCGGCGCUUGUGCAACGCAAAGAGCUCAUGAAGAAGGUUGCUGAUUUGGAAAACGAGGCCAAAACAUUGAAAGAAAAGGAUGAAAUGGUUACUGGAGGAACUCCUGUGAGUAUCCCUCAAGCGCAGGAAGCUAAAGGACAUGAGGUCCAGGAAAUGGAGGCCAAAGUUACAGAACUCACCGAGGCUCUAAGGCUAAAAGAGGAAGCGGUUGAGGUUCUGGAGCAGAAAAUCGUCCAGCAGGAUCAAGUUUUGGCCGAGAUGCUUGCUCAAAACGGGAAGCUAAGUCAAGAAGUUCAAAACCUCCAGAAGAUCGACUCCUCUUCUGACUCCACCGCCUUGCAAUCUCAAGUGGCCUCUCUUGAAGCAGAGUGUGAAAGUCUUCAGAAGAAGGUUCAGGACGCUCAAGAGUCUCGCAAAGAAACGAUACGUAAAGCCAAAGAGAAAGACAGACACCACCGCGAACAGCUGAAGCAGCAGAAGGAGGAGUACAGCGAGCUCGCGCAGCGCUUUGAGGCGCAGAGCGGCGAGCAAGACGUUCUCCUCACCAAGCUGAAAGAACUAGAAGAAAGAGUGGGCUCUGAGGGAGAAGGAGCCAAGGAAGUGGACAAAAGCUCGGAGAAACCUGCCUUGAACGAUUGGGCUCAGGAGGACUGGGUGGACUUUUCAACAUCUGAGACAGACUCUUCAAAACAACGAGCAAGCGAUCCAGACCGGCAACCUUUAGAGCCAUCUGGCUCUUCAGGAGUGGAAGAGCGCGUGGAAGCUCUCAAAGAGGAGAUCCAGGCCGUGCGAACGUCAAACACUGAGCUGGAGAUGAAGCUGCAGGAAACGCAAACCAGUUUGUCGAUGAAGGAGACGGAAAUACUGGAACUUAGCCGAGAUCUGCAGAUGCUGAGGGAGAAAGAAAGACAGAUCGACGAACUCUCUGAAGAAAUCAACGAUCUCAGAGAAAAGUAUCAUCAGGCCGAGUCUUAUGCAGAAACCCUCAAAGCGGAGAUGGAGGCUGCAGCUGAAACCUCUGCAGAAUCCUCCAUCACAUCUCUUCAGGCGGAUGUGGAAAACUUGAAGCAGUUUCUGGACAACAAAAACCAAGAGAUAAUAGAUCUAAGCCAGCAGCUCGCCGAGCAGAACUCGCUCAUCCACUCCAUGCAGGACGUGGUGUCUCAAAAGGAUCAGCUCAUCACCUCCUUGCAGGAGGAGCUGAAGGCCGAGCUGGAAAAGUCCCAAAUGUUGGAGGCUGAGCUGCCGCAGAAACAAGAGGACAGCGAGUUGAAACUUCAGCAGCUUCAGCGAAAGUUUCAGGCGGCUCUGAUCUCUCGGAAAGAAGCCCUCAAAGAAAACAAAACCCUCAAGGAGCAGCUGGCUUCAUCUGAGAAGACCGUGGAGGAGCUGAAGCAGAAAAUCCGCUCAGCCGAAGAGGAACUGGAGAAGGUACGAGCUGAAAGAGAUCGACUGAUCGACGAGGUGGACCGGGCUUUACUGGAGAACCAAAGUCUGGGAUCUUCGUGUGAGAGCCUGAAGCUGCUCAUGGAAGGUUUCAUCAGCGAGAAAGAUGCGUGUAAGAAAGAAGCAGAUCUGGCGAAGGAAGAGGCUGCGAGGAUAUGCAGAGAGUGGGAGGAGAAGGUUCAUGGCAUGAAGGAGGACUACGAGACUCUGCUCAAGUCUUACGAAAAUGUGAGCGACGAAGCAGAACGGGUGAGAAAAGUCCUGGAGUCGGCCAGGCAAGAGAGACAGGAGCUGUCUGCUAAGGUCAGAACGCAUGAAGCUGCGAGGCAGGAAGCCGAAAGGCAGGCGGAGGAAGCGCAGAAGGAGGUGGACACGGUGAAAGACAAAAUGAGAAAGUUUGCAAAAACAAAGCAGCAGAAAAUCCUGGAAUUGGAGGAAGAGAAUGAGAGACUCAGAGAGAUGCAGGAAAAGCCCGAAACAAGGCAAAAAGACAAAGAUGAACUUCUGAAAGAGGAGGUGGAGGCUUUGAAAGCUCAGUUGGAGGCUGCUGUGGUAGACAGAGACUCUUUAGAGCAACAGGUUGGAGACCUGAGAAAACAACUAAGGGAAAUGGAGGAAACGCACGAGAACGCUCUCACAUCUGCAGCAGCUGAUAAGGGAGCUGUCAGUGCACAGCAGUCUGAUGCACUGAUGACAGCCGAGCCUGCUCAGAGUCGAUAUGAAGACGGACCUCAAGGAGAAACUGAAGAAAACCAAACCUCUGCAGCAGAAACACAAUCCCGACCUGAAGAGGAAACUGCAGAAGCUGCUGAUAAAAGUUUAUUAGAAAGUAAAAUAAAAGAGAUCGAGGCAGCCUUCGACGCAGAAAAGAAACUGUGGGAGGAACGGGAGGCGGAGCUUAAAGCGGAACUGUUGUCUAUUGAACGGGAGCUUGAGGAGAGCAAAGAUAGGGAGAACCUCGUUGCCUCCUCAGAGCAGAGCUUUGAGGAGCGAGAAAAGAGUCUAACUGAAGAGGCUUCCAGGAGAGAAGCCCAUUUUAAAGAACUCAUCAGUGGGAUUGAAGCCGAAAAGGACAACCUGGAGGAGCGUCUCAUGAACCAGCUGGCUCAGCUGAACGGGAGCAUCGCCGACUACCAACAAGAAGCAGCCAAAAACUGCCAGCGCCUCAGCCAGCUGCAGCAGGAGGUGGAGAGGCUGGAGGGGGAGAGAGCUGAGCUGGAAGCCGAGGCGCAGACUGAGAGAGACCGAGCCAGCAGACUGGAGGAGGACGUGAGGCAGGCCCAGCGGCAGAGAGCUGAAGCCGAGGCCGAGUCCGGUAAGCAGAGAGAGCUGGAGCAGCAGCUGCGCUCCGCUCAAAGGGUCAAGGAAGGCAGUCAGAGCCGAACCCGGCAGCUGGAGGAGCUGCUGAGGGAGAAGCAGCUGGAGGUCCGGCAGCUGCAGAAGGACAGCAUCCAGUACCAGGAGAGGAUCAGCGAGCUCUUCAGAGAGGUUAAAGCGCUCAAGCUCGGCCACGAUGAACUCCUCAGCAAACUAGGGGAAUCCCAGACGGAGUUUUCUAAAUCUGCAGAGGACCUGGCAAGAACUGAAGCUGAGCUGGUGAACUGUAAAUCCCAACUAGCUGAAGCUCAGAAACAAGCAAGCGAAUCUUUAGCUGCUAAAAUAUCUGCCGAGCAGAGCAUCCAGCAGAGAGAGGCCAUCCUGAAAGCAGAGGCAGAACAAACCCUGGACUCUGUGAGGUUCCGAUUGGGAGCGGAACUGAAGGAGAUGGAGCUGAGACUGGAGGAGGCCUUCACAGAGAAGGAGAGGGAGGAAGAGGCUACCCUGCAAGCCCGAGCGAUGGCUGAGGAGGCGGAGAAGCGGGCCCAGGAGAUGCAAGCUCGCCUGGGAGAAUCUCUAGCCAGGUUGGCUGCCUUUUCCCGCAGCAUGUCCUCCCUGCAGGAUGACAGAGACAGAGUCCUGGACGAGGCAAAGCAGUGGGAGACUCGGUUUAACUCUGCUCUGCAGACUAAAGAGGCUGAAGUUCGUAAAGCUGAAACACGAGCGAAGGAGCUUUCAGAUCAGCUUCAGAAAGAGGUCGUUCUAAAACAAGAGCUCGAGGCAACAGUGAGCAGAUUGGAGAAAUCAGAGACAGAGUGGCAGCAGAGACUGGAUGAACAGAACAGAAAAGUUAAAGAGCUCCAAGCUGCACUAGAGGAUGAAAAGAGGAAUCUUGAAGACACUGAGGCAGAGCUUCAAGCUGCACAAAGUGAGGUGCACGUCCUGAAGAAUGACUUGGAGAGUCUGCAUCAGAGAAGUCUGGCUCUGGAAGAAGCUGUAAGUCAACUUCAGGGCACAGUGGAUCUAGGCAGGACCGAGCUGCAGGAGAGGGAGGUAGAAGAGCGACGGCUCUGUCUGAAUGUGGAGCAGCUAGAGACGGACCUGCGGUCGUCCAAGGCCCUGACGGAGAGCCUGCAGGCCGAGCUGCACCAGAUGGAGGAGAGAGUUGUAGAAAUGCUGGGAGAAAGGGAGCAAGCAGUCGCACAGGCGGCGGAGGAAGCUAGAAAAGAGGCUGACAGCAGGGCGCACCAAGCUGAGGAAGAGCUGCAGCAAAGACGAGGAGAAGUUCGAGAUCUGGAGGAACGAGUUCGAAUAGCAGAAGAAGAAAGCAGCAGCAGAAAAGCCAAACUGGACUCGUUUGUGAAGGCCAUGAGCUCAUUGCAGGAUGACAGAGAUCGAGUCCUCAGCACGUAUAAGCAGCUGGAGGAGAAGCACCUGCAGGUGAUGAUGGAGAAGGAUGGUUUGAUCCAGGAGGCUGCAAGUGAGAACAACAGCCUCAAGGAGGAGCUGCGCUCUCUGCUGGCCCAGAGAGAUGACCUGUAUGCCGAGAAGGCCAAGCUGUCUGCUCAGCUUCACGGUUACCGGGAUGAGCUCAACCAAGUUCUAAGUAUGAAGGACUCGCAACACAAACAGCUUCUGGCAGCCCAGAAGGAGCGCAUCGCAUCUUUGGAGAAGGAGCGCAAGGAGCUGGAAGAUCAGCUGCAGAGCCUCAGCAGAGCCAAAGAGGCAGAGGAGGAAGCGGUACAGAAAGUGGAGGCUGAGACUCUCAGUCAGGCAGUCUCUCAGGUCAUGGAUGCUCCUGGAGCAGAGGUGGAGAAGCUGAGGGAGCAGCUGCAGGCGGCAACAGCGCAGGUCCAGUCUCUGGAAGAGCAGCUGCUCAGCGAGAGAGAACAGUACGAGAGCCGGGGCAAAGAGCUGGCUGAGCUCCGCUGGGAGGAGGGGGUGAUGCGCACCGAGUCGGAGAGCGCUCAGGAGAGGGUAGCGGAGCUGGCUCGUGACCUGCUGGCUGUGGAGCGGCGGCUGCUGGAGGAGACGGAGACCACAAAGCAGCUGAGAGCGGAGAAGCAGGCGUUCACCAAAGCCAUGGCGUCUCUUCAGGACAGCAGGGACCAAGCGGUGAACAAGGUCCAGGAACUCAGCCUGAAACUGGAGGACAUGAGCAAGGCCAGUGGGCAGCCGGCCAGCAGCAGCAGCCCUGGAGGGACCGCUGGGGAGGUGUGGGGGCUGAAGAACGCUCUGCAAGCCCUGCAGAACGACAGAGAGAGACUGCUGGAGCAACUUGAAGCACAAGAAGGUGAGCUGAAGAAGCAGAAGGCUGAGCUGUCUCGACUGGGAGCAGGAGAGCUGAUAAAAGUGGGUCAAGAGCUUUUUGAGGAGAAGAAGAAGAACCAGCAGAUGCUGGAAGUCCUAGCACAGCUGGAGAACGUGAUGGACACGAACAAACAGGAAGUGGAGACACUCAGGCUGGAGCGCGACGACCUGCUGGCUCAAGCAGAGCAGCUGAAGCAGCAGACGGUCACCACUCUGUCAGAGAGAGACCAGCAGCUGCGCCAGCUCACUGCCAUGCUGGAAGACGCUCAGGCCCAAAGGCCGAAGCUCCAGCAGGAAUCGUACCAGAGACAGGGCACGGAGGAAGUGGACAGCGCUCCCGGCGCCCCCCAGCAGCGCAGCAGCCUGCAGGACGGCUACAUGGCUGAGGUCAAAGAGCUACAGCGACGCCUAGAGGAAGAGACUCAGCAGAGGAUUGUGGUUGAGGAGCAGCUGAUGGUAACCCAGGAUCAACUAAAGCGUCACAGUCAGGCGGCGUGGCAUUCUGCUCAGGAGGGGGAUCUCUCAGAGACGGCCGUUUUCAUCGAGCCUCCGGAAGGAGCCGUCACUCGGAUCCGGCGAGGAGGUCCUGGUUUAAAGCGGAUGUUCCGGGCGACAUUCUGCUCGCGCCACCGUACUCCACUGCUGCUCGGCAUCUAUCUGCUCACCGUGCACGUGGUGCUGCUCCUGUGUCUGGGUGGAUACCUCUAAAAUCCAACAAUAAAAAAAAAAAAACAUCAUUUAUACUGUUACGGCAGCGGGAAGGCUGUUCUGCAUAUAAACACUUGCACUUUACAGAACUUUUCAUCCAAAGUGUACAGAUUUAUAGACAAAGCUGCUGUUUUAAAUCUCUGGUGAUUGGCAUGUGGAGGAUUUGGUCAGAAGGGACAACGUUUUACUCUGAAUUCUAAUAAACACAUCUUAAAUGGGAAAUGGACAAUAAUAAGCAAACGUUUUGGACAAUGGUGGUCCUUGUGUGCCUUUAGACAGAACCGUUACCACAUAUGAAAAACAAAUGUAUGCAUUUUUGGGGAGUAUGCAGUGUCAACAAUGGAAUAUGUACUUUUUUUUAUGUUUCGCUUUGGUGUACUUUAAACGGUUUCUAAUAGAAGUUUCUGAGUAGCCUCUCAAAAUGUAAAGGCCCAAAAAAACCUGAUUUAUUUUGGGACAGAGUGACUAAAAGGUGACAUGAGAUUUUCUGAGCCGUUUUUUGUUCUAGGUCCACCAAAAAGCUGAUACACUUUUGCUCCAAAGCUUUUGUCUAAAUCUUUGAGGUUCUGUUUCUGAGUUUCCUGCCAGUUCCUGCAAAAACGCAGAACAAUCAUUCUCAUUCCUGUAAUUUCCUUCUUUCCCCCU